UAAUUUGUGAUAUGCUCCUACAUUCUAAAUGAUAAAAUAAACCUUUUAGAAUCCUUUCAAAAUACUUUUUGAAUAAGUCAGAUUGAAGAAGCUCUGAAGAAUGGAAAAACGAAAACAAGAAAGUAUCAUUCAUUAUAAUAAAUACGAAAACAGCUUAACCGGGAAAAGGUACUGAAUUAUAGAAUUGAAUGAACCCCAACCAAACAACAUUAAAUUUUGAAGCCAAUAAUUAAAUACAACAACCAAAUAAAUUUAAUAAAGAAAUAUAAUAGACGUUAAAUAAGUAAAGAAAUAGAGACCCUACCAUUCCUCUCUGUCCUUCUCCCCUUCAAACCCUUAAAAUCUUCCCUCCCACACUCCAUUAACUCUCUCAGUUUCUUAAUUUUGAAUCCAAUCCCCAAAACAUACCAAAAAAAAAAAAAAGGUAAAAGAAGAAACCCAAAGAAGAACAAGAAAAUCAAAAUUAUUUUCUUGUCCUACUUUUCUCAGAAAAAACAAACAUGAAACUCCCAUUUCUAAACAAGAACCACUCAACAUCUUCAUAUUCUUCUAAUUCGAAUUCAAAUUCAUCAUCCUCUUCAUGGCCAUGGCCUUCUUGUAAUCAAAACCCUAAGACCUUAUCUUUCAGAGCCACCAUCACUUUCACCAACCCUAUUCACGACCAAGAUGACGAUGAGCUCGACCCACCGGAGAUUACUGACUCGGUAGAGAGUGUGAUAAAAGGGCUAAGAUCAUCAGAGAGACUCAUCUUCGAAAGCAAAGGAGAAACCAACUCUAUACUUGAAGGAGCUACGAGCAAGCGAGAAGAAGAAGAAGACGAAGAAGAAGGCUUCAUGCUCUUCUCCUUGGAAUCAAACGACCCUUACUCUGAUUUCAAGAGAUCCAUGGAGGAGAUGGUUGAGGCACACGAGCUUCACCAUGACUGGAAAAGCCUCGAGAAGCUUCUCCUUCAGUUCUUGAAAGUCAACGCCAAGACCAGCCAUCGAUACAUCUUCGCGGCUUUCGUCGAUCUCCUCAUGAACUUAGCACUUAACACGAAAAAACCCAUCACCAAUAGCGACAUUUCCAAAGAUGACGGCGUCUCGGCCUCACGCGCCGCCGCUUCCGGAGAAGCAAGCACUUCUUGUUGUAAUAGUAUGACUCUUGGAGAAUCUCCGUCGUCUCCCUUGUCAUUCUAUACGUCGUGUUCGUCUUCUUCUUCCUCCGAUGAGACUUCCUCGACGUCCGUACGUUUCUUGCCGCUGUCUUCUUUGUUAGAGAUGGAUGAGAACACUAAAGACAUUAUGGUUUAGAACGGUUUUGCAUUUUUUUUCUUAAUUAAUUUGUUCUUUAGCUUAAUUAAAAUUUGUGCAGAAUUGUAACGUUGGCUACCCCGAUACACAUAUGGAGAUGAUGAACCGUAUUACUAUUAUAUUGGUAUGUAUUGUGCUUACCUUUUAAUUUUUUCAAUAAUGUGGAAAAUAGUUUUCGUUUAUGUAGGAUGAUGAUAGUUGGAUUGCACUUAUUUUUUUGUUUCUUUGGUAAAGACAAGGAUUAGGCCAUUGGAUCGGUUAUUAAUCUCAGUUUUUGACAAAACGUGCAUAAAAAUAUUUGCAACGUUAGUUUUUUGCGUCUAUAAAAGAACAAAAGUAUUAAUAAUCAAAUCUAAAUGAAUAAAACCAACGUGGGUUGGGCUAGUGGUACUUGAGGGGAUAAUUCCAAUAUGGUGCCCGCAGUUCGAUUCCUGUUGGUCACCGAGAUUUUCACCUGGCCCCCUCGGGCCUCCAGGAAAUACACUGAGCGUUGGGUUCGGACGGCCUGACAGGAAACCGGCCUCAAGCCUUGGUGCUAGUCGGGCUUCGGCCCGGAUACCUGGAUU